UCCUCAAUUGAAAAAUGUUUGGUAGACAUUCUCUGUUUUGAUGCGUAAGUACAGUUACUCUUAUCAAUUUUAUGAUGCCUCUAGUGGCUGGUGAAGAGAAUCAGUUCCUGAAGAAUUUUCAAGCUACAACCACCACUCAUUUCCAUUAGCAAGAAGCAACCUGCCAAAUCCACACACACAACACAACACAACACAACACUCCCUUUCCCAAUUUCCCCUGACCAAAACAAUCCACCAAAAUGCACUUUCCCACAUUCCCUGCAGCUACCACUCUUUCUAUUCCUCCACAUCCAUGAUCCAUGGCCUAACAUAACAAUCUUCUUCAAUAAUCACACACUCUCUCUGUGUCCUUUCACCUUCCUUGUUUUGCCCUACAAGACAUGAACCCCUCUUGUCACUUCUCUUCAACCAAACACACACCUUCUCUUCCACAACAAUACUCCUUCAACCAUGCAAACUCUCAUCCAUUCAUCUCCAAAAACACCUCUCCUUUCUUCUCAAACAAGACUCACAGCCCCAAGAGUGAAGUCCUCUAUGUCAAUUCAGUACCAAACCAUUCUUUUGCCACUCUCCGGAUCAAAAACUCUAGACUCCAGCACACUUUUGCCACCUUAGCAGAAGCAGGAGGAGAAGAAGAGCAGAAUGAAGAAAUCCAGCUCAGUGAACAUCAUCAUCACCACCAGCAACAGCAGAAACAAUAUGCAAAACCAAAGACACAGAAGGGUCAUGAUGAUGGUGAUGAGUUGCCUGGGAUUGCAAAAGCAUUCAACAUAUCUCCAAAAGCUGCUUCAGCCAUAUCAAUAUGCAUGGCAUUGGCUGCUCUGACUUUCCCUUUCUUCAUGGCUUCUAUGGGGCAAGCUCUGACUUUGAAGACUAAGUUUUUAACUUAUGCCACGCUUCUGCUUGGGUUGUACAUGGCUUGGAACAUUGGGGCCAAUGACGUUGCAAAUGCCAUGGGAACUUCGGUUGGUUCCGGCGCCUUGACGCUCAGGCAGGCGGUGUUGACUGCGGCGGUUCUGGAGUUUUCAGGGGCGUUGUUGAUGGGGAGUCACGUGACCAGCACAAUGCAGAAGGGUCUUCUUGUGUCUGAGGCGUUUCAGGGGAAAGAUACUUUGCUUCUUGCUGGAUUGCUCUCUUCACUUGCUGCUGCUGGUACUUGGUUACAGGUUGCGUCAUAUUAUGGUUGGCCGGUAUCUACUACUCAUUGCAUAGUUGGUGCCAUAGUUGGAUUCGGUGUAGCCUAUGGAGGAGCUGGAGCCGUUUUCUGGGGUUCACUGGCUAGGGUGAUUUCUUCAUGGGUUAUCUCACCACUAAUGGGAGCAGCUAUGUCAUUUCUUGUCUACAAAUGCAUUAGGAGGUUUGUGUACAGUGCUCCAAAUCCAGGACAAGCAGCUGCUGCUGCAGCUCCAAUUGCUGUAUUUCUCGGUGUAACCGGAAUUUCUUUAGCUGCCUUCCCUCUUAGCCAGAGGUUUCCUGUGGCGCUCGCCCAAGCUUUAGCCUGUGGAGCUGCUGGUGCUAUUCUAGUCAACACAAUCAUCAGAAAACAGCUUGGUCAUCUUCUCAAGCCCACAACUCCACAGUCAGAGCCAAAAGAGGAAACCGUCAACAAGAAUAUUGGAUUCCUCUCUGAUAUUGCAGGUCCAAAGGGUGCCCAACUGGAAAUUGUUUAUGGCGUUUUUGGAUACUUGCAGGUCCUCUCAGCAUGCUUCAUGUCAUUUGCUCAUGGAGGAAAUGAUGUUUCCAAUGCCAUAGGUCCUUUGGCUGGUGCAUUAGCAAUUCUUCAAGGCGGCGCUGGAGGAACUGAGGUUGUUAUUCCAAUUGAUGUUCUUGCAUGGGGAGGAUUUGGAAUUGUUGCAGGGCUUUUGAUAUGGGGUUAUAGAGUGAUAGCUACAAUUGGAAAGAAAAUAACAGAACUCACACCAACCAGAGGAUUUGCUGCAGAGUUUGCAGCAGCUUCUGUGGUUCUGUUUGCUUCAAAGCUGGGACUUCCUAUUUCAGCAACUCAUACUCUUGUGGGUGCAGUAAUGGGUGUAGGAUUUGCAAGAGGACUUAACAGCGUUAGAUCAGAAACUGUGAAGGAAAUUGUGACUUCAUGGGCAAUCACUAUUCCAGUUGGUGCUACACUAUCAAUACUCUACACAUGGGCCUUGACUAAGCUUUUGUCUUACAUUUUAUGAGUGUGUAUUCAAAGGUAUAAAGAACAGGUUGUGCAUGUGAUUACUCUAGUUACCAUGACCAAAUAUUUCACAUCAUUCUUUGUGAUGUAAACACCAGAGAAGAGAAUAAGGGUGGUAGCACAGAUAACUUGGAGGAGGAACCUCUUAAUUCCUGAUUUUGGCAAAUGAUGAAUCUUUAUGCUAAGAUUCUAAAUUUCAAAUCUGUAUUUCUGUAGCCUUGCCUAAUUCCUCUGAAGGGGAAUAUAAUAAUUGAGAAAGUUAUCUCAAUAUAACA